UUCCACCUCCCCGCCAAAGGCGAAAAGCAAACAAGCUACUGUCCGUUUAAUAGACACAUCAGACUCGGAGUCGGGGUACAAGAAAGCUUUUUGCGUGGCCGGAAAAUGCAGACGCUAGUACUAGUUGGAUCAGCUAAUUUCACAUAUACCUGGUGCCAUCUAGCUCGACGUCCUUUCUUCACUCUUUCCGUUCGCCACCGCCCCAAACUCAAAUUCUCCACUUCUUCGGAUAAGGCAUGUAGGAGCUACAAUGACGAGGAAUGUGAUGAGGAUUUUUUGCCGUGGUUGGAGCAAAAAGCAUGUACAAAAAUAUCAUCCGUGCUUUCCAUUGGAAAAUCUGCCCAUGGAAGGGCACUAUAUGCUUCGAAGCCCAUACAAGCUGGGGACUGCAUAUUGAGAGUUCCUUACAGCGUGCAACUAGCACCAGAUAAUCUUCCUCCGGAAAUUUGUUCUUUGUUUGGAGAUGAAGUUAGCAGUGUCUCAAAAGUUGCUCUACUCCUGCUGCAUGAGCAGAAAAUGGGUCAGAAAUCUGAAUGGGCUCCAUAUAUCCGUCGGCUUCCUCAACCUUUUGAAAUGCAUAACACUAUAUUCUGGAGUGAUGAUGAACUGGAGAUGAUUAGACAAAGUGUUAUAUACCAGGAGACCAUCAAACAAAGGAAUCACAUUGAAAAGCAGUUUAUGGCAAUUAAACCAGCCACUGAUCAAUUCCCUCAAUGUUUUGAAGAUGUCUCUCUGAAGGACUUUGCUUAUGCUCAUGCUUUAGUUACAUCUCGAGCAUGGGAAAGCUCGAGGGGUGUCUCGAUGAUUCCAUUUGCAGAUUUUCUAAAUCAUGAUGGUACUUCAGAGGCAUGUCUUAUGAGUCAUGAAGGAAAACAGCUCUCAGAGGUCAUUGCUGAGCGUGAUUACAGCCCUGGUGAUCAGGUGCUAAUAAGUUAUGGAAAAUUUUCCAACAGUAGUCUAGUUUUGGACUUUGGCUUCACAGUUCCUUACAACAUUUACGACCAGGCUCAAGUUGAGCUCAAUAUACCUCAGCACUAUCAUCUUUUUCAGAUGAAGUUGGAACUUCUGCAGAGAUUCAAGGCACCAGCCAUUAAAGAUGUCAAUGAAUUUAGCUCUUCUGAGAAAUUAUUUACAAUCAAGGAAGUGAAGUUUGCUUCUAAGAAAGGGAGGGGAAUUCCACAAUCUUUUCGUGCAUUUGCUCGUGUACUAUGUUCAAAUGCUCAAGAAUUGAGUGAUUUGGAGUCAGGAGCUGCACAAAGCGAUGGUAGGCUGGCUCGAAGUCCUUUGAAAAACAAAAGCAGGGAGAUUGAAGCACAUGAGUUGAUACUCUCAAAAAUAACUGAACAAAUCAAUGAAUAUGAUGCAUGUAUCAAGUCUCUGGGACCAUCCACCUCUCAAAACUUGGUUAGAAAACAUGCUUUAAGGAGACAAAUGGCUCAUGAUCUUCUUACUGGUGAGCUUCGUGUUCUGAAGUCUGCUUCUGCAUGGCUGAAGAAGUAUUGUGCAACCUUAUUAGAAGGAUAGAGUGUAGGGUUCUCUUCUACAUAUGGUGAUCCAGUUUGAAGGUGGCCUCAUCUUGGAACUUAAGAGGGAGGUUCCUAUUUGUUUUCCAAUUCUCCAACCGCAAGCUAAGCUUGCUGAUGGUCAGAUGAAUGGAAGUCGGUUUAUCACGUGCCUCCUCGUCGACAAUCUAACAGAAAGCAGGAAGUUUUAGAGAUGCAUUACUCGAACAACAACAGUAUGAUUGUAGAGAAAGCAAGGGGUAAAAGUGCUGGAAACUCCUGUCGUGAAGUUCGUUGCUCAUUGUUGAGGGAACGGAAGUUAGUCGUGGAGUUGGGUAAUGAACAAGUAGUAGGUUGUUACAGGGGUUAAUUACUUUUUAUCUUCCCUGAUCUGUGGGCAAACUAUGAAUCAAGAUUUAGCCAAAUUGUAUUCAGCUCCCUUGUCAGUAAACACCGGAUACAGGCCAUGGAUGGGUGAAGUGAAAUGAAAUGAAAAGCAAGAACUUUUAUUU